AUGGAAGUGCUUCUCUUCCGUCGAGACCAACAGCACAAUAAUGAUCCGACCUCUGAUAAUAUUGCGGCGCAUGUUAGUGACGAAAGUAACAGUGUCUCUGAUAUCGACACUAGUUUCGAUUUGGAGGAGGAUUUCCGAAUCUUACGAGACUAUUCACUUAUAUCUAUCGGUCAAGAUGGCUCGACGUUCUCAAUGCAUCGACUCGUGCAGCUAUCUGUGCAGACCUGGCUCAAAUCGCAAGGCAAGCCGGAGCAUUACAAAGAACAAUUUAUCCACACUUUAUAUGAGACAUUUCCAUCAAUACCUGAUCACGAGAACAAGGACCAGUGCCGAUCACUCUUCCCACAUAUCAAGGCGGCAAUGCUACAAUGGCCCACAUCGGACUGGUCACUCCAAGAAUGGGCAGGUAUGCUCUGUAGAGGAGCCAUGCACGCACACGAUGCCGGUGAUAUCCGAGCUUCAAAGGAAAUGGCGUCAAAAUCGAUGGAACAACGCGAGAAACUCCUUGGAGCCAACAAUCUGGAAACUCUUUCAAGCGCCUCGGUACUAGUACAAGCAUAUUUAGCAGCAGGACAAUGGGCAGAAGCCGAGAAUCUCGAGAUACAGAUAAUAGAGAGUUUCAAGGUCAAAUUCGGUGAGAGUCAUCUCAAGACACAAGAGCUCAUGGGCAAUUUAGCAUGGAUAUAUUCAACCCAGGAGCGAUGGCUGGACGCGGCCAAGCUCAAGAUACGAGUGAUGGAGCAGACGAUGGUUCAGGUCAACCAAGAUCAUCCCAGUUUACAAUUGAUGAACAAUCUAUCCAUCGACUUGCGAGCACUGGGCCACUUGGAAAAGGCGCGGGAACUGGGUUUGUUUGCGCUGGCGAAGCACAUAGACAAGCUGGGCGAGGAUCAUCCAGACACGCUGAUCAGCAAAUGUAAUCUUGCGUUAACAUUUGCGGGGAUGGAGCAGUGGGAGGAAGCAGAAAGUCUUCAGAUUGAAGCUCUGGAGACUCUGAGGGUGCAGCUUGGUGAUGAUCACCCGCUUACCCUGGAAGCCAUGGGGUUUCUAGCCUCUACCUGGAAAGCGCUCGGUCAGACGGUUGAUGCUCUCGGUUUAUUGCGACGUUGCUUGGCCAGGGCGGAACGGGUACUUGGACCUGAUCAUCCUAAAUUCCUGCAGCGCGCUGAGGACUUGUUGAAAUGGGAGGCGGAGGAGUCCGGUGGUGAUAAUAAGUCAUAG